AUGUACCGGUCACUAUUAGUGAAGCUUCUGAAACAUGUUCCUGAACCAACAGGUGCCCUUGAUUCCGUCAUACCAGGGUCAUGGGACCAUGAUUUCCACCAAUGGAGCAUUGAGUCACUGAAAGCCGUCUUCACACGGGCUGUAUUGGGUUUUGGACAGUCCAGUCUUGUGUGUUUCAUAGAUGCUUUGGACGAGUGCGAUGACAUGCAUCAAGUUCGGGACCUGAUAUCUUAUUUUGAGGAAUUAUGCGACAAAUGUACUUCAGGUGGUACUAGCUUCCGGGUGUGCUUCUCAAGUAGGAAAUGCCCUGAAAUUACAACUACAAAGGGGAAAAUCCUCGUUCUUGAAACGGAGAAAGGACAUAGGCGGGAUAUCGCGUCCUAUCUGAAGAGCACGUUGAACAUCCAAGAGGGUCCAACUGCGAGGCAGAUUCAAGCUGAUCUCCAAGAUAAAGCAGGUGGUGUCUUCUUGUGGGCUGUUCUAGCAGCAAAUAUCCUAAAUAAGGAGCUUGAUAAGGGGCGCGUACAUGUACUUCAACAGAGAGUACGAGAUAUGCCCAACGACUUGUGCAAGCUCUUCCGCGAUAUUCUGCUACAGGGUUGCAGUAGCAAAGAUGAAACGUUGUUGUGUUUUCAGUGGAUCCUCUUUGCGAAACAGCCGUUAAAACCUGAGCAACUGUACUUCGCUAUUCUAUCUGGCUUUAAGCCUGACAUUCUCCACGAUUGGAGUUUAGAUAUGGUUACGACAUCCGCCAUGCUCCAAUUCAUUUCAAAUUCCUCUAUGGGGCUUGCUAUGGUCACUGAGUCUCAAGUUCCAACCAUACAAUUUAUCCAUAAGUCUGUAGAAGACUUUCUUCUUCAAGAAGAUGGCAUCCGGCAGAUUUGGCAUCAUUUGGGAGAAAGCUUCCAGGGUCAAAGCCACGAGAGACUUAAACAAUGCUGUGUUAACUAUAUAAGCAUUGAUGCUAAUGCAAAGAUUGGCAGUCUGCUUUCUAAUGCAUUUUCACAACAAGCUGUGGUUUUUCGCCAAUUAGCUGAAAAGAAGUUUCCAUUCCUCGAGUACGCUAUUCAAAAUGUUCUCUACCAUGCUAAUGUAGCACAAGGGGUGGGCGUUAACCAAAUAACCUUUCUUCAAACAUUUUGCUUUCCUCAUUGGACUAAAUUAAACAACCUUCUGGAACAAUAUGACAAUGGCCGACACACUACGAACGCUUCUACCUUAUAUAUUAUGGCAAAACAAAACCUGGCGAACCUUAUUGGGAGUCACCCAUCUAAACUUUCUUGCUUUAAAGAGGAAGGAGAACGCUAUGGAGCCCCUAUGCUUGCGGCACUAACCACGAAUAGCGAUGCAGCAGUGCGAGCAUUCUUGAAGGCCCGCGUGGAAAUUGAGCCACCAACAUCGCCUCUUCACGAACUAUAUGAGAAGUAUUGCCAGAGCGGUGGAAAACACUGUGGUCUUUAUCGAGGCUUCCAAUUCUCGCCGCAGAGAGGUAUCUUAUCUCAUAUCUCUAAGGAAUGUGAUCAGGCAAUAAUCAUAUCGUAUCUACUUGCUUCGGAUAGACCUGAUGCCUUCGACGGCUCUGCGUGCAUGACGGCGCUGUCCUGGGCUACCAAGAGAGGGCAUGAAGUAGUAGUCAAGUUCCUACUUGACUCGAACAUGGUUAAUCCUGAUUCGAAAGAAUGUCUUGGCGGGACACCACUUUCGUUGGCUGCCUCGAACGGGCAUGAGACAGUUGCUCAGCUGCUACUCAACACCGGUAAAGUUGACAUUAACACAAAAGACAACAUUGGUCAGACACCGCUUUUGCAGGCUGCGAAGAAUGGGCAUGGAAUGGUGGUUAAGCUAUUGCUCGAGACAAGCGGUAUUGAUGCUGAGUCGACAGAUAAGGACGGCCGAACACCGCUAUGGUGGGCCGCCGAGAAUGGGCAUAAAGCUGUUAUGGAGCAGUUAAUCGAGGCCAGCAACGUUGGUGAGAACGCAGCCGCCAACAGCGGCAACAUACUGCUUUCGUGGGCGGCUGAGAAGGGCCACGAAUCCAUUGUCGAAUUGCUACUCGGAACAGGCAUAGUAAAAGUCGACUCAAAGGAUACCAGCGGUCGAACACCAUUGUUAUUGGCUGCAAAGAAUGGACAUGAACCUGUGGCUAGGUUGCUGCUCCAACUAAGGAGAAUAGACGUUGACUCGAAAGAUGACCGUGGCCGGACCCCUCUAUGCUGGGCUGUCGUUAAGGGCUAUACGUCUAUCGUCAAGCUUCUGCUGGAGUCCGGCAAAGUUAAUGCCAAUUUGGAGGAUGACCAUGGCAGAACGCCGCUGUCAUGGGCUGCGGAGCACGGGCGCGAGGCUGAAAUCAAGCUCCUGCUUGAUAUAGGCAGAGUUGACGCUGAUUUGAGAGACGAUAGUGGCCCUUCUCCUCUUUCCUACGCUGUAAUAGGCACGAGAAACCACCAUUUGGGCAGCGAAACCAAGGAGAACACCCGGUCUCCAUCCCUGCCACAUCCAGCCCUACAGCCAACUUGUCCAGACGACGCAGAACUUCAACCUUGGCAAAAGCAGCUAAUAUUACUUGAGCAAGAGAAUAAGAAACGUUUAGCCAUGGCUCGUCAAGAGGCAAGAGGAUACCGUAUCUGA